AUGUCGAGUAACCUAUUUCCCAACCAAACUCCAUCCUACAUCCUCGCAUUCCAAUUUUCCUCAUGGUACCCCAAAUUCUCGAACCAAAGUAUAAAAUCAACGAUUGUUCGACCGCUUUCCCAAGAUUUCAUCAAUUACCUCAACUCUGAGAGCGUAUUUGUCCCGGAGGGAUCGGAAGAUCUCCCAGCCGAAAGCACACUUUCAGAUGAGAGCGAGGACGAAGAAGAACAAGAUGAUGAUGAGCCAGCACCAAGGCGGUACGCGUUUCCAGAACUUGACAAGCAAAUCCGAAACUGCGUGAAGGAAUACGGAGCUAUCUUUCCAAAACUCAAUUUCUCUUCCCCAAAGGACGCAUCAUGGAUCCUCCCAUCCUCCUCACCACUGAAAUGCACCUCCCCAGCAGAUAUCUACCUCUUACUGAAGUCCUCAGACUUCAUCUCCCAUGAUCUGGGUGUCGAGAAUGUGUUCAACGGUUGCCUGCCUGCGACGUCAUCAUCCUCUCCCCAUCCAUCUUGGCCAGAGUACCAACUAGAACUUGUCCUGCGCAAGUGGUAUCCUGUGGACACGAGCCGGGAACUGCGCUGUUUUGUACGACAAAAUAGGCUUCUAGCCAUUUCACAAAGGGACACGAAUUAUUAUGAUUUCUUCAACGAUCUGCCAACACAAGCGAAGAUUAUACACACAGUUGAGACGUUUUGGCAAUCCAUCAGGUCAAAAUGGUACACCCAAGAAGACUAUAUCUUCGACUUCCUCCUAACGCGCGACCUGUCCCGGGGGCACAUACUCGAUUUCAACCCUUAUGCACCGAGAACAGAUCCCCUUCUAUUUACUUAUCAAGAGCUCUGCGAUCUUCUGUUAUCGGAUGACACCCGCCCGAAGCUGAGGGUGAUAGAUUCUCCAUCCCAUCCAGCUGCGAUGUCCAAAGCCCCAGCCCACCAGCACAAUAUGAUCCCAUUCGAGGCUCUCAGCUUAGGAAAUGGACGGAACAUCGAAGAAUUUGCAGAAAUUUGGAAGGAAACUGUCAAAGAGAGUAGGAUUUAA